UAAGCGCGGCGCCCUCUGGUGGUCAAGUUCGUUGUUACAACUUGCAGAAACUCGCUAGUUAGUUUUUGAAACUCUUCUGCUUUCGGCUUUUCUGACUUCAUUUCUGUCUGAAUAUUGCAUUUUUGCUAAUUCAGUCUAAGCAGCAGAAACCGUACCGGUGCGGUUUAUUUAUACGCUUUAAAUUCAAUAAGCUUUACUGGUGUUUUUGCUCGUUUACGACUCGCAGCUUGUGUGGAGUCUAAAACGGCUUCGUCCUGUAUUACAGAGCGGACACUGUGGGCGGACAAAUAACGGCAAACAGAGCACAAGCUGCCCAGAAAGAGAAUAUAUUUCACUUCUGACUGACCGUGGAUCUUAUUUUUAAAGCAGUAUUGAGAAAUUUAGAGGAGGUAAAGCAGGAGAGGACCGAGUUUGGAUCCGCGGCACUUUCCUGCGCCGCUUCACCGGCUGGCAGGUCGCUGAGUCCGGCUGGAGACCCGAGCAUGGCCCGCUCUACGACUCUUGAGCACUACAAGGCUGGCAUGUUGCUGAGUGGAGUUGGAGAUGCUCUUGGCUACAGGAACCAGCUGUGGGAAUACAACGAGUCCGGCCCGGCCAUACACCAGGAGCUGCAGGAGCUUGGAGGACUGAAGAACAUCACAGUUCAACUGCCCGACUGGCCGGUCAGCGAUGACACUGUCCUCCACCUGGCCACGGCUGAAGCUUUAGCAACAGGAAAGGAAGGGGAGGAGCUUCUGCAGGAAGUGGCUUCACGCUAUGUGGAAGGAAUGAAGGACAUGGAGGGAAGGAAGCCAGGACCAUCCAGCAUUCUGGGUGUAUCUCAGUUAAAACCAGGCACUGAAGGAGGCUACAGAGUGGCAUAUAACCCAGAAGGUACAGGCUGCGGCGCUGCUAUGAGGUCUAUGUGCAUUGGCUUGAGAUACCCUCGGCCUGAACAGCUGUCCUCAUUGGUGGCUGUUGCUGUGGAGACGGGGAGAAUGACUCACCCUCAUCCAACCGGAUUCUUAGGCGCUGUGGCUUCGGCUCUGUUCACGGCCUACGCCGUCCAGCACCGUCCAAUCACGACCUGGGGGCUGGGCUUAGUGAAGGAAGCCUGUCCAGUAGCGAAGGAGUUUGUGAAAACAGCAGGAUACGCUGUGGAGGAGACGGAGAGAGACUGGGGAUACUUCACUGAGAAAUGGGAAUGGUAUCUUGAACUGAGGGGUCUCUCAUCUGGGACUGGGCCAGUGAUCUGGCCGGACCAAUACGGGCCAGCUGAACGUGAUGAGGCUUAUAAGAGCUUCAGUCUCUCCGGGUGGGCGGGGCGCAGCGGCCAUGAUGCACCAAUGAUAGCGCUGGAUGCCCUUCUGGGGGCGGGCUCAAACUGGGAGGAGCUAAUGAGUCGAGCGGGAUUCCACGGAGGCGACAGUGACAGUACUGCAGUGAUCGCCUGCUGCUGUUGGGGUUUGCUGUAUGGAACAGAGGGAGUUCCUCCAGGUAACUACAACUACCUGGAGUACAGAGACCGACUGGAGAACAGCGCAGAGGAACUGUACAAGCUGUCGCACUGAAGCAGAGAUCAUCUCGUACAGCGACAACACUCACCAUGUCUUAAAGGACAGUGGACGUGUUAAAUUAGCUAAGAGCUACUUUGGCUAAAUAAGGAUGGUACUUUGAUCUUGAUUUAAGCUUUAGCCUCUUGCAAGGAAGAAGGAAGUAAAAUGCCUUAAAACAAUGAGCUCAACUCAUUUGUUACAGUUAGCCGUGCACAGUAUGUCUUUUAAUCAUGAUCGCAAUAUUGAUAUUCACACAGUGACAGUAUUGGUCUUCGGUCCAUACUGUGCCGCUCUAAUACUGUAAUUUGCACUAAUCCCAUCACUGAUUCAUUGGCUGCUCUUGCUAAUUGUUAGUUAACUGCAGUGCAUAUGUGAGUUGUAGUGUUUAUGUAAUGACUUCAGAGUUUAAAUCACUACAUUUAACGUGAAAUUUUAUAGUUACUGUGAAUAAAUUGCAGUUAUUCAUUCACCCUCGGGGGAAAGUUUAGUUGGUAAUAAAUUCGCUAUGCUGCCA